AGGAAGAGGCCAGUAAAAACAAAGAGAUCUGUUGACGACCAAUAAUAAAGUCUGUCUCAAAGAGGGAACACUCAUUGGUGGACCAGCUUUCGUACGACCAAUAGACAUAAUCAAAACUUUUCACCAUACUUAGGCGGGCAGAAGAAAAUGGUGUUAUUAACGUUAACCGUUCACGUGAACUAGCUAGCUGACUGAACGAGAAAUUUUGGAUUUCGUAUUGUAUAUUGUGAACAUGUGUGAAAAAAUAACGAAGGUUAACCAGUGGCUCACCAAGAUCUUCGGGGACCAAACUCCUCCAGAAUAUGAAGUUAACACUCGAACUGUAGAUAUGUUGUAUCAACUGGCAGAUAACAGCGAGGCCAGAUGCAACGAGGUCUCUCUACUUAUUGAAGAUCAUAAACAGAAAGCCACUGAGUAUCAGUCAGAUGGUUGCCAUCUCCAGGAAGUUCUUUUGCAAGGAAUUGGUCUGUCCUCCGGGAGUUUGGCAAAACCAGCCUCGGAUUACUUGAAUGCGCUUGAAGCCUGUGCCAUGGUACUCAAAGUCAGGGACACGUCAUUGUCAAGUUUUGUGCCUGCGAUAAACGACCUGACCAAUGAGCUCCUGGAAGCAGAGAAAAGGGACAGACAAAUGGAAAGGGAGCUCACCAUCCUCCGGAAGAAAUUGGGCUCCAGCUUAGUGCUACGGAGGACCUUACAGGAAGACCUCAAAAAAAAUUUGAAAAGCCAAGAGGUGGAGAAUGCACAGGCUGAAGAAAGACUCCUCAACAUGGACUUUGUCAAAGCAAAAUCCAAGGACCUUUCAUUCAGGAUAAAUAUGGCCGAGGAGGAGCUGGCCUCCAGGAAAAUGGAUGAGUCCCUAACCCACCAAGCAGUACUAGAAGUCUCAGAGAAAAUUGCCAAGUUGAAACUAGAGAUCUUGCCACUAAAAAAGAAACUGGAAUCUUACAAAGACCUGACCCCUAGUCCAUCUCUUGCCCGAGUCAAAAUUGAAGAAGUGAAGAGAGAACUGGCUGCAAUUGAUGCUGAGCUUGAAAUGAAAGUGGACAUUCUGAACACAGCAAUACCGAAACAGCAUGGACGAUCUCUAAAAUAAAUUAAUUUUUGGGGGGCGGGUGGUGCUGUAUAAUGUAAUAAACAUGAACAUAGGCUGAUCUUUAACAAACAUGUAUGCCAUUUUUUUUCCUCCCUCAUUUUCCACUUUGUGUUUCUUGAUGUUGCUUGAUGUUCUUGAGUUUUUUCAUUUAAAAAUGCCCUUAAGAUUAGUGGUGUAUCCUAUAUCACGAAAGAAUAUUAGCCUGUGCUGUAAUAAUACUGAUGUUGAAAUAAGAUUAUAUGGUUUAGAUCAGUGGUGACCAACCCUUGUUCCUGGAGAUCUGCCAUGUUGUUGUUAGCAGCACAACAAGAUCUCUAGCUGUUCAAUGAGGUGUGCUUUGUUAGAGGGUUAGAAUGAAACACCAUGUCAAAUUAACAACAUACUUUCUUAAUUGGCUUAGUUUAGACAUAGCUUCACGAACACCAGUGUUACUUUAAGCUUAAAGUGGUCAUAACUGUUUGUGUGUCUGUAAAAUCAGCUCUCACAUCAAUAUCACUCCCUUUAAUAAUCUGCUGCGAACACUGAGACUACAUGUGCUUUUGCGCCGAAGUUCUGUAUUAAUAAAAUGUUAAACGUCUGUUAAUACCA